GCCAAGUACGAUGAGUAUGUGAUUUAUUAAGGAAGGACCGAAGGAGCCUCACAAGCCCAGGGAAGCCUCGCAGGCCAACAAACAGCCCUCCGUACCCCAAUACCACCGUCCGUACUCCCCUAAAGCCAUUCCCACCAUCGCUUCCCCUCAUCGGUAUUGUUGUUAUCAUCGUCAUGGGAGCGGAGGCGAAGGGAAUGAUGGAUCGGACGCUGGUCUUCACGUACGGGACGCUGAAGCGGGGUUUCUCCAACCACGGGUUGAUCCAGGACAUGAUCCGGAGCGGCGACGCGGCCUUCGUCGGCGACGCGCGCACCGCUGGCCGCCUCCCCCUCGUCUGCGGGCCCUACCGCGUCCCCUUCCUCCUCAACUUCCCCGGCGCCGGCGAGCGCGUCCGCGGCGAGGUCUACGCCGUCUCCCCCCGUGGCAUCGCCCGCAUGGACGACCUCGAAGGCACCUCCCGCGGCCACUACGAGCGCCUCCCCAUCUCCCUCGUCCUCCCCCGCCGCCGCCGAUCCCGAGGGGACGAAGGGGAGGACGACGAGGUGGAGGCGGAGGCGUACUACGCGCACCGGAGCUACGCGACGGAGAUGUGGAGAAGGAGCGGGGAGCGGGGGUUCGAGGCGUACUCGGAGAGGGAGGCGAGGGGAUACGUUAAGCGGAAGGACCGGCCGCAGGACACCACAUUCCUCGACCAGAUUCGGAUCUUCGUGGGCUCUCCUCUCCAAAAUUAGACUGGUUCUCCCGGUGCGCCUCCCUUCAUCGACGGAGAGCUUGGGUCUUUCCUUUUAUUUCCUCUUUUGCCCUUGGAUCUCUUGGAUCUGCUGUUUAUGAGACAUGAUAUCCAAGGUGGGUGAAAAAAUGGCAGCUGGUCUUGUUUGUGAUCGGAUAUAUCAUUACAGGCCCUUCUAUUUUGUCUAGAUUAUGAUGAAUAUUUAACCGUUCCAAAAUGUAAGUUCCAGAUGUUACAAAGAUGUCAUGGAUGGAAGAAUACCGAGGUUUGCGGAUGUAUUGUUAAUAAGCAUUCUUUUGAAA